AUGCCAUCAACUGAUUCGACAAGUGAUAGUGCUCUGAAAUCCCAGGAGGUGGAGCGUCAGGUAGAAUCUCAUGGAAUGGAAAUAAAUCAAAUGGCAUCUUCCACUUUGAAAGUUUCGAGUCACGAGAGGAAGCAACCAACAUUUCCAAUUCAGGGACUUAAUAAACAGCAGCAACAGCAUUUGCACUUCUCACAGGCAUCUUUUCCGACGUAUGGAAGUCCUGGGAGUAGUUAUCCGCCUUAUUCUGCAACAUCUCUCAGACAGCAACCUCAUGAUUCACAAAUGAGGCAAGCUACAGCUCAUCAGAACAUGAAUGCUAAUCAGUUGGGACCUACUACACAGGCUAUGAAUAUGAUGAACGUGCCUAAGUUUGGCAGGCCUAAUGCUUUUGGUGAACCAAAGAAAAUGCAACCAGGAGCCCUGUCUCACACGAACAAUAACACGACGCUGCAACAAAAUCCAGUUCAGUGGCCAUCAUCCUCCAGCAAGGAACAGAAAAUUGGAGUUUCAUCAUCAAUGUCUUAUGUGAAGCAGGAACCAGUUGAUCAGUCAAAUGACCAACAACACAAAGUACAGUUGUCCAGCCCACAGGCAUCAUCUUUGUCUUCUGCACAGGUUGAUCGGGGAAAUGCUGCAGGGAAUUUGAAGGACGAAUCCUUUGAGAUGCACUCUUCUAGAAUGGGAUUUGCAAGGCCAACGAGCAUGUUACCGACAAAUUCAGUGCCCUCUUCUAUUACAAGCCAUUUUGAAACCAAUACAUUGGUAAUCUUAGGAAAUCCUGUCUCUCUGGUCCCUCUAUUGUUAUUAUACUAAUGAGCGAAAUAUUACUCUCAAAUACGGUUUAGUCCUAGUUAUAUUCACUGCAUUGAGCCAUAACUUAGGCGCUAAUAGUUGCUUUCUCUAGUGAUUUUAAAGGUGGUAAUCAUAUUUAUCUCAUUAUGCUUGUUUUUAUGGUUGUUUAUGUUAGUAAUAUUGUUCAUGUACCUUUUUUGUGUUCUUGUUUCGGGGAUUCUUAUACCUAGGAAUUUGCCUUAAGC